AUGGCCCUGAGAGUCUUCGAUCGCACACUUGUCGCCGGGAGCCCCAACUCCGAUGUAACGACACUGAUCGGGCUCGAUAGGUCAGGGACUCAGGUUGUUCUGCGCGCGCCUGAGGUCAUGAUCCUUCCAUUAUUCGAAACAAGGCUGUGUGCUGCCACCGCUGACCCAGGAGUGAACAAAGACUGCCGAGGUCCAUUGGUCGAGACUGUCGCGGCGAUUGGCACAGGCUGUCUCCGCCGAAUCCAGCGUGUCGUCCGUCCUCGUUCUCGUAGGGGUCGCCUUCACCCGCGGCGCAGAGAGACCGGACUAGCUGGCGCCCCUGAAGGCCAACCAAUCCUGAGGGUCGUGCGCAUGGGCUUUGGUAUUAUCGAUACGGUGUCUCAGUUUGGCGGCCGGGAGGCUUCGUAUUGCGUAAAGUUACCGGCGCGGCGCACCAACCAAGCUCAACGCUAG